AUGUUGAGUGAUUUGUCUUGGAGAGGAGGAUGUAGACUAAUCUGUAACGUAGUUGCGCCGAACAGUUUUACGUUUUCUGGUUUUUCAAACCUUUUGAUAUUAAAGGCACGAACGAGUCGCGGUCUGCGCGAUUUCGAUAUUUCUCCGGAAACCUAUCGGAACGACGAGGGAUUUUUAUUUUCGCUUUUUGAUGCAGCUCUAGCUCUACUAGGUAGCAGAGCUUGUCAUGCACACUCAAGUUCAUGCUCAAGAAGCGCUGAUGUCUGCCACCUAAUCUGCGAAACGAGAACACAAGGCUACCCAUUCGAGUACAUUUGGAAGUAUGGGACAAAAACUGGAAGUGCGCGAGGAAAUCGUACGAUGAGUGGUUCUUUGUCUCUAAAUUAUGCUCACGGAACUAUUAGCCUUUCAUUUUCUGUGUCGGAUAAUUGCAUUCCUGCAUUCUCUUCUCUGGUUCAGUUUUAUCGGGGGAGAGAUGCAUAGAGUAAGCAGGCAUCCACAUUAAGAAAGGAACACACGAAGUACGCUUCUACUGUUUACCUCUUUUCUGAGUCUGACACUGAUAAUCAACUCUGGUCUGCGCAUUACUCUUCCGUAAAAGGUCCAACCGUUUUGGAUGAUCCUCCACGGAUUUUCGCUUUGGGCUUGUAUCCAAGAACACCCAAUCGAUUGCUGGUCAAGGUGUUCGUUUAG